AUUCCCUGGUUCUGUAUCUUCUGUUUCUGUCCAAACGCCAAACCAAAACUCAAUUGUUUAACGUUUCUUCAUCAUGUGCUUCUGCAAUCUACUACACACUCCACACAGUCCACCUUUGUCGGCUCCUUCAACUUGCAUUUAAUACUGUAUUUCCUAUAUCUGUUUCACUUAUUGGCACUAAAGUUCAAUACCCUUUUGAAAUCUUGAGCUAAAGAUUACAUCUUUAUGUAUUUUCAUUAAAGAUCUUCGCCCCAUAGUGAAAAUAGAAGAGCUCAGUGUGAAUGCUGAAGAAAAUGUUGUUUCAUUGGAAAUCAUGGUGGAGGUCACUUUACAAGCAAAAUCACUUUGUUUUAAAGUUGGGAUUUUCGAUUUUGUUAUUGGGUCUUGCUUUUAGGCUUUUAUUUUCAAGAUCUGAUGUGAUUUCUGAAGUUCAAGAAACCCCUUUUGUCCAAAAGACUCAAUCUUUAUCGCCUCCAGUUUCUUUCAGUUUGCCUGAAACUGCAGAUCAGAUUGUUCCUGAAGAGCAAGCAGGGAGGUGUAACCUUUUCAAUGGAGAUUGGAUUCCUGAUCCAUCUGGUCCUGUUUACACAAACGAAACAUGCAAAUUUAUUGAAAGCCAUCAGAAUUGUAUGACGAAUGGCCGGCCUGAUACUGGUUAUCUUUACUGGAGGUGGAAUCCACGUAAUUGCGAGUUACCUCGGUUUGAUCCACAUAAGUUUCUUCAGUUAGUGAGUAAUAAAACAUGGGCAUUGAUCGGUGAUUCAAUAUCGAGGAACCAUGUCCAAUCAUUUCUUUGCGUACUCUCAAAGGUAGAGCAGGCCAUUGAAGUAUACCAUGACAAGGAGUACCGAUCCAGGAGAUGGUUAUUCCCCUCAUACAACUUUACAGUUUCAGUUAUUUGGUCCCCCUUUCUUGCACAAGCAGCUAUAUUUGAAGACUACAACGGAGUUUCCACAUCUGAGAUUGAACUUCAUCUGGACAAACUUGAUGCGAGUUGGACUGAUCAGUUUAACAAUUUUGAUUAUAUGAUAUUUGCAAGCGGUGAGUGGUAUGUCAAAACUGCAAUCUACUAUGAAAACGAUACAGUAGUGGGCUGCCACUACUGUCCCAAAAGGAACUUAACCGAGCUUGGUUUCGACUUUGCGUACCGUAAAGUUCUUGGAAAUGUUUUCAACUAUCUCCUCUCAUCAAAUCACAAAGGCAUGAUGUUUUUCAGGACCGCGACACCAGACCAUUUUGAGAAUGGUGAGUGGUUUAGUGGCGGAAAUUGUAAAAGAACCGAACCAGUGAAGGGAGGUGAGUUCAAUUUGACCGAGAUUAACAAGAUUCUACAUGAAAUCGAGAUAGAGGAAAUUGGAAAAGCUACAGUUAAAGCUUCUGAGAAGGGUUUGAAUCUAAAGCUUUUCGAUGUAACUGCCCUUUCGUUAAUGAGGCCCGAUGGGCAUCCAGGUCCAUACAGGUAUUUUCAACCGUUUGCAAAAGAUAAGAAUGCAAAAAUCAUCAAUGAUUGCUUGCAUUGGUGUUUGCCUGGACCUAUAGAUGCUUGGAAUGAUAUGCUAAUGGAGAUGGUGUUAAAUGGUUAAUGGCAUAAACUUGUGAAGUGGAAGUUGUUUCUUGAGCAAAUAGAGAGGCCAGUUCACGCGAUGGCAUUUACUGAGAACAGACGUUGCUAUGUGUAUCCCUACUCUGUGAUGUGAAUACUAGAGAUUUAAGCCACACGAUAGGUGCUGCUCGCGACCAUGUUCCUCGGGUUAAGCUUCAGUUCGCCUAUAUAUAAUUUUUUCAUUGGGGAAGGUCAUCUUAAUUAUAAUGUUAUUGCUUGAUUCUCAUAUACAUGGUUUUUCAGAUAUCUGUAGUGGGAACUUUUUUUUGGGGGGGG